CCGAACCUCAAAGAGUUCUUCGUCACACUACUGGUUUCGCUUCACCGUGUUCGUGGCUAUGGCCCCGAUCGUCACGGAAACUUUACGCGGCCCCCAGUGAUUCCAAAUCGAACUGUAUUUAUAAGGAUUUUGGCAAUCGGCGGAAGGAAAGAGAAUCGAUCUAUUCGGUUAAGAUAUACGCAGCGAGAGAGAGAGAGAGCUGAAGCGGAGGUUUUCAUGGCGGCGAAGUUUCUGUCCCUCGCGUGUAUAGGCCCGAAAGGGAGCGAAGGUGGAGGAUUAGGGCGGCCGCACUAUCCGUCGAUGCCGAAAUAUCCGAACGGCCGUGUGGUGGCGUCAGACGAGGAGAAGAACAUUGAAGGAGCCGAGGCCAGGGCCUUGUUCGCUGUCACCGGAAUGAGUUGCUCGGCUUGUGCCGCCUCCAUCGAGAAGGCUAUCAAGCGCCUUCCCGGAAUCAAGGAGGCUGUCGUCGAUUUCCUCAACAACCGUGCACUAGUCACGUUUUAUCCUAUCUAUGUGAAUGAGGAAAGCAUUAGAGAGACAAUUGAAGAUGUUGGCUUUCAGGCUACAUUGGUUGAAGAUGAGAUUAAUGAGAAGUCCAUCCAUGCAUGUCGAAUACAGAUAAAGGGUAUGACUUGUACUUCUUGUUCUUCUACUGUUGAAUCUGCUUUGCAAGCAGUACCUGGUGUACAAAAAGCACAAGUUGCUUUGGCAACUGAAGAAGCAGAAGUUCAUUAUGAUCCAAAGAUCAUCAGCUACAGUAAGAUAAUGGAAGCCAUAGAAGACACUGGUUUUGAAGCCAUAUUGAUUAGUACUGGAGAAGAUCGGAGCAAAAUACACUUAAAAAUUGAAGGAAUACGGACUGACAAUUCCAUGAGAAUGGUUGAGAAUUCUCUGCGAGCACUUCCGGGUGUUCAAGAUAUAGAUAUUGAUUCUGAGCUCAGGAAAUUUUCUGUUUCUUAUAAAUCAGAUUUGACAGGACCUAGGACUUUUAUCCAAAUUGUCGAGUGCACUGGAUCUGGGCAUUUCAAAGCAAUGAUAUUCCCUGAAGGAGGAGGAAGAGAAGCUCAUAGACAGGAGGAAAUUAGGCGGUACUAUACGUCAUUUCUGUGGAGCUUGGUGUUUACACUACCAGUGUUCUUAACCUCUAUGGUCUUUAUGUAUAUCCCUAGACUCAAGCAUGGCUUGGAUACCAAAGUUGUGAAUAUGCUUAGUGUGGGAGAGAUUUUAAGGUGGGUAUUGUCUACCGCUGUUCAGUUCAUUAUUGGCCGGCAAUUCUAUGUAGGCUCGUACAAGGCACUGCGUCAUGGUUCCGCCAACAUGGAUGUGUUGAUAGCACUGGGAACAAAUGCUGCCUACUUCUAUUCAGUGUACUCGGUGUUCAAAGCAGCAACUUCUCCAAAUUUCAAGGCCACAGAUUUCUUUGAGACUAGUUCGAUGCUUAUUUCAUUUAUUCUGUUGGGGAAGUAUUUGGAGGUUUUGGCCAAAGGAAAGACAUCUGAAGCCAUCGCAAAGCUCAUGGACCUGGCUCCCGACACAGCAAUACUGUUAACCCUUGACAAUGAAGGAAUUGUAAUGCGUGAGGAAGAAGUUGACAAUCGUUUGAUACAAAAGAACGAUGUGAUUAAAAUUAUUCCUGGUGCAAAAAUAGCUUCCGAUGGUCUUGUCAUCUGGGGACAAAGCUAUGUAAAUGAAAGCAUGAUUACAGGAGAAGCCCGGCCAGUGGCAAAGAGAAAGGGUGAUGCAGUGAUUGGAGGGACCGUUAAUGAGAAUGGUGUGUUACAUAUUAAGGCAACUCGGGUUGGUUCAGAGUGUGCUCUUUCCCAAAUUGUUCGACUCGUUGAAUCAGCACAGAUGGCUAAAGCUCCGGUGCAGAAAUUUGCUGAUCGUAUUUCAAAAUUUUUUGUGCCCCUUGUUAUAUUCAUAUCCUUCUCCACUUGGCUUGCCUGGUUUUUGGCUGGAAAGUUUGACGGCUACCCAAAUGUUUGGAUACCAUCUUCCAUGGAUAACUUUCAGCUUGCACUGCAGUUUGGCAUCUCUGUAAUGGUGAUUGCCUGCCCCUGUGCUCUAGGCUUGGCCACACCCACUGCUGUGAUGGUUGGAACCGGAGUUGGUGCUUCACAAGGUGUCCUAAUUAAAGGGGGUCAAGCACUAGAAAACGCACACAAGGUUAAUUGCAUUGUCUUUGACAAGACUGGAACUCUUACCAUUGGCAAGCCUGUGGUUGUUAACACAAGGCUCUUGAAGACUAUGGUACUUCGAGAAUUCUAUGAACUACUUGCUGCAGCUGAGGUAAACAGUGAACAUCCAUUGGCCAAGGCCAUUGUUGAGUAUGCUAAGAAGUUCAAAGAAGAUGAAGAGAACCCUGUCUGGGCAGAAGUCCAACAUUUCGAAGCCAUCACUGGCCAUGGAGUAAAGGCCAUUGUUAUGAACAAGGAAAUAAUUGUGGGAAACAAGAGUUUGAUGUGUCAUGAAAAUAUUGCCAUUCCUCUUGAUGCUGAAGAAACACUAGCAGAAACUGAGGACUUGGCUCAAACUGGAAUCCUUGUAGCAAUAGAUAGGCACUUGGUUGGAGUCCUAGCCAUUUCUGAUCCACUGAAGCCUGGUGCUGGUGAAGUCAUUUCCAUUCUUAAGUCUAUGAAAGUCAGAAGCAUAAUGGUGACAGGUGACAAUUGGGGAACAGCCAAUUCAAUUUCCAAGGAAGUUGGAAUCGACACGGUCAUUGCAGAAGCAAAACCCGAGCAUAAGGCAGAGAAAGUGAAGGAAUUACAGGCUUCAGGCUACGUCGUGGCAAUGGUGGGAGAUGGAAUAAACGACUCACCGGCGCUUGUGGCUGCAGAUGUUGGGAUGGCAAUUGGUGCCGGAACAGACAUUGCCAUUGAGGCAGCUGAUAUUGUUCUUAUGAAGAGCAACUUGGAGGAUGUGAUAACUGCCAUUGACCUUUCGAGGAAGACGUUUUCUCGGAUACGUCUGAACUACAUUUGGGCUCUGGGCUACAACCUUCUUGGCAUCCCAAUUGCUGCUGGAGCCCUCUUCCCAUUUACUGGCUUCCGUUUGCCACCAUGGAUUGCAGGAGCUGCAAUGGCUGCCUCUUCGGUUAGUGUUGUUUGCUGCUCACUCUUGCUGAAGAACUACAAUAGGCCCAAAAGUUUGAACAACCUUGAGAAAAUAGGAACCAACAACAGUUGAGUGAAAGACUUGAAAAUGGUGCUAACUUAGACUGUAUAUAAUCUGUCUUCUGUUGAAGUUUGCUUGUAGAUAUGCCGUUGGAGAUAUUAACCUUGUUGCUAUAGGCUCUGUAUCAAAGGUGAUCUGAAGAUAGAGGGUGUCUUGCAUCUGUCUUUCUUUUGCCCUCUCUUGUGUUUUAGUAAGACAUGAUAUUUAUUAUAAUUGUUGACGUCUUCGGUGCAUAAAA